AGCUCUUGAGCUAGAAUAUCUAUGGGUCGAAACGUGAUGCGAUGAAUCCGAGACAGACCGAAACUGGGACGAAGAGUGCGGCGGAAGCGGCGGGACUCUAGGGCAUGGGGGCUUCACCACAAUAGAGGCAGCAUCCCCACCCGCCCCCGCCAGCCCCUCUGGAGCGAGGCCCCCAAACCCCCUCGGGAAAAGGAUGGCGGCGGCACCUACCCAGAUCGAAGCCGAGCUGUAUUACCUGAUCGCUAGAUUCUUGCAGUCCGGACCCUGCAACAAAUCCGCUCAGGUGCUAGUGCAGGAGCUCGAGGAGCAUCAGCUUAUUCCGCGCCGCUUAGACUGGGAGGGGAGAGAGCACCGAAGAAGCUUCGAGGAUCUGGUGGCAGCCAAUGCACACAUUCCUCCAGACUACCUCCUUAAAAUUUGUGAGCGGAUUGGUCCCUUACUAGAUAAGGAGAUCCCUCAGAGUGUUCCUGGGGUACAGACGUUACUAGGUGUUGGUCGGCAAUCUCUGUUACGGGAUGCCAAAGACUGUAAGAGUACACUAUGGAAUGGGUCUGCUUUUGCAGCUCUACAUAGAGGCAGACCUCCAGAACUACCUGUAAAUUAUGUGAAAGCUCCAAAUAUGGUGAAUAUCACCUCUGCCAGGCAAUUAACCGGAUGUAGUCGCUUCAGCCAUAUUUUCCCUUCAUCUGCUUACCAGCACAUUAAGAUGCAUAAGAGAAUUCUGGGGCAUUUGUCAUCUGUCUACUGUGUAGCAUUUGACCGAAGUGGGAGAAGAAUUUUUACAGGUUCAGAUGACUGUUUGGUAAAAAUUUGGGCAACAGAUGAUGGACGUCUUCUCGCUACACUUCGAGGGCACUCUGCUGAAAUUUCUGACAUGGCUGUUAACUAUGAAAACACUCUCAUUGCCGCAGGCAGCUGUGAUAAAGUUGUAAGAGUGUGGUGUCUUCGAACUUGUGCACCAGUUGCAGUCCUUCAGGGACAUUCAGCUUCUAUUACUUCCAUACAGUUUUGUCCAUCAACUAAAGGCACAACCAGAUACCUCACUUCUACUGGUGCUGAUGGAACAAUUUGUUUCUGGCAAUGGCAUGUAAAAACAAUGAAGUUUAAAGAUCGCCCAGUGAAAUUUACUGAGAGAUCUAGGCCUGGAGUUCAGAUAUCUUGUUCAUCUUUCAGUUCUGGUGGUAUGUUCAUUACAACAGGUAGCACUGACCAUGUGAUUAGAAUAUAUUUUUUGGGUUCUGAGAUCCCUGAGAAAAUUGCUGAAUUAGAGUCACAUACGGACAAGGUUGUUGCUGUUCAGUUCUGUAACAAUGGAGACAGUUUAAGAUUUGUUAGUGGAAGUAGAGAUGGAACAGCAAGAAUUUGGCAAUAUCAGCAACAAGAAUGGAAGAGUAUAGUGCUAGAUAUGGCUACUAAAAUGACUGGGAAUAAUUUGCCAUCUGGAGAAGAUAAGGUCACUAAACUUAAGGUGACUAUGGUGGCCUGGGAUCGCUAUGAUACCACAGUUAUUACUGCAGUGAAUAAUUUCCUUUUGAAAGUGUGGAAUUCCAUCACAGGCCAACUUCUUCAUAAUUUAUCUGGACAUGAUGAUGAAGUAUUUGUCUUGGAAGCACAUCCAUUUGAUCAAAGGAUCAUACUUUCGGCAGGUCAUGAUGGGAACAUUUUUAUUUGGGACCUUGACCGGGGGACCAAAAUUCGGAAUUAUUUUAACAUGAUUGAAGGCCAAGGCCAUGGUGCAGUGUUUGACUGUAAAUUUUCACCAGAUGGAAACCAUUUUGCCUGCACUGAUUCUCAUGGGCAUUUGCUGCUUUUUGGAUUUGGAUGCAGUAAAUACUAUGAAAAGAUUCCAGAUCAGAUGUUCUUCCAUACGGAUUAUCGACCUCUUAUCCGUGAUGCCAACAACUAUGUAUUGGAUGAACAAACCCAACAAGCUCCUCAUCUUAUGCCUCCCCCAUUCUUGGUGGAUGUUGAUGGAAAUCCUCAUCCCACAAAAUUCCAAAGGCUAGUACCAGGACGGGAAAAUUGUAAAGAUGAACAACUUAUACCACAGUUGGGAUAUGUGGCUAAUGGUGACGGUGAAGUAGUAGAACAGGUAAUUGGGCAACAAACCAAUGACCAAGAUGAGAGCAUUCUUGAUGGAAUAAUCAGGGAGUUGCAAAGAGAACAAGAUCUGAGGCUAAUUAACGAAGGAGAUGUUCCACAUUUUCCAAUUAAUAGAUCAUAUUCUGCUAAUGGUGCUCUGAGAAAUCCAAAUAUGGACAUAUCUUCUUUCCCAAACAUUGGACUCCGACGUAGUGGUCAAAUUGAAGGUGUCCGACAAAUGCAUAACAAUGCUCCUCGAAGCCAGAUGGCCACUGAACGAGAUCUCAUGGCAUGGAGCAGAAGAGUGGUGGUCAAUGAACUAAAUAAUGGAGUUAGUAGGGUUCAGGAAGAAUGUCGAACUGCAAAAGGUGACAUAGAAAUCAGUCUUUAUACAGUUGAAAAGAAGAAAAAGCCAUCUUAUGCUACCCAAAGGAAUGAUUAUCAGCCUAGCUGUGGGCGGUCUUUACGAAGGACACAACGCAAACGUCAGCAUACUUACCAAACACGAUCCAACAUGGAGCAUAAUUCACAAGCAUCAUGUCAAAAUUCAGGUGUACAAGAAGACUCAGAUAGCUCCUCAGAGGAAGAUGAAACAGUUGGCACAAGUGAUGCUUCUAUAGAGGAUCCGGUUAUUGAAUGGCAAAGUGAAAGUUCCUCCAGUGAUUCAUCAAGUGAAUAUUCUGAUUGGACAGCAGAUGCUGGAAUAAAUUUGCAGCCUCCAAAAAGGCAAACGAGACAGGCAACACGGAAAAUAUGCAGCAGCUCUGAGGAGGAGAAUUUGAAGUCACUUGAAGAACGGCAAAAGAAACCUAAACAGACUAGAAAGAAGAAAGGAGGACUGGUUUCUAUGGCAGGUGAGCCCAAUGAAGAAUGGUUUGCCCCUCAGUGGAUCUUGGAUACCAUACCACGACGUUCCCCAUUUGUUCCACAAAUGGGAGAUGAGCUUAUAUAUUUUAGGCAAGGACAUGAAGCUUAUGUACGGGCUGUAAGAAAAUCAAAAAUAUACAGCGUUAACUUACAAAAACAGCCAUGGAAUAAAAUGGAUCUCAGGAGAGAUCAGCAGGGAGGUGAACCCAGAACCAGUUUCCCCACCAAAGCCGUGGAAAACCAGGAAGCCCUGAAGACCUGUGCACUGGUCAGCCAGUUUCCAAAUUUGGUCCAAGACGAGGAACAAGAGUUUGUUAAGAUUGUAGGAAUCAAAUAUGAGGUUGGACCACCUACACUGUGCUGCUUGAAGCUUGCAUUUCUGGAUCCCAUUUCAGGCAAAAUGACUGGAGAAUCUUUUUCCAUUAAGUAUCAUGACAUGCCAGAUGUCAUUGACUUCCUUGUGCUACAUCAAUUUUAUAAUGACGCCAAAGAAAGGAACUGGCAGAUUGGUGAUAGAUUCCGCAGUAUAAUAGAUGAUGCCUGGUGGUUUGGGACAGUGGAGAGUCAACAGCCUUUUCAACCAGAGUAUCCUGAUAGUUCUUUCCAGUGUUACAGUGUUCACUGGGACAAUAACGAGAGAGAAAAGAUGAGCCCUUGGGAUAUGGAGUCAAUUCCAGAAGGAACUGCCUUUCCAGAUGAAGUUGGUGCUGGUGUUCCCGUGUCCCAGGAAGAAUUGACUGCUUUGCUAUACAAACCUCAGGAAGGAGAGUGGGGGGCUCAUUCCAGAGAUGAGGAAUGUGAACGAGUUAUUCAGGGCAUCAACCAUCUUCUUUCCCUGGAUUUUGCCAGCCCUUUUGCUGUUCCAGUGGAUCUCAGUGCCUAUCCCUUGUAUUGUACUGUAGUUGCUUAUCCAACUGACCUCAACACCAUCAGGCGGAGACUUGAAAAUCGCUUUUACAGGAGAAUAUCAGCAUUAAUGUGGGAAGUACGCUACAUUGAGCAUAAUGCUAGGACUUUCAAUGAGCCAGACAGUCCUAUAGUUAAAGCAGCCAAAAUUGUAACUGAUGUCUUACUUCGAUUUAUUGGGGAUCAGAGCUGUACUGAUAUACUGGAUACUUAUAAUAAAAUUAAAGCAGAAGAACUAAACAGUACUGAUGCAGAGGAGUCUCUAGGUCCAUCCAUGUCUCUACAAAUGUCCCAGUUUCAUUGCUUUUUACAGGAUACAGAAAUGGUUGAUUUAGAUUCAGAUGGUCCUGGUACUUCAUCUGGAAGAAGGGUCAAAUGCCGAGGCAAAAGACAGUCUUUAAAGUGUAAUCCUGAUGCUUGGAGGAAACAGUGCAAAGAACUGUUGGGCCUCAUUUAUGAACGUGAAGACUCAGAGCCAUUUCGACAGCUGUCAGAUCCUCUUUCCUACCCAGGCCAUCAAGAGCAAGACGGUGAAUCCUCUGAGUUAAUUAUUCCAGAACGACAACAAGAUUCAUCUCUUUGUGAGGAUUAUCAUGAUGUUAUAGACACUCCUAUGGACUUCAGCACUGUGAAAGAAACUUUGGAAGCAGGAAACUAUGGUAGUCCUCUGGAAUUUUAUAAGGAUGUUCGCCAAAUAUUCAGCAACUCCAAAGCUUAUACCUCUAAUAAAAAGUCAAGGAUCUAUAGCAUGACACUGCGAUUAUCUGCCUUAUUUGAAAGUCAUAUUAAAAAUAUCAUCUCUGAAUAUAAGUCAGCGAUCCAGAGUCAGAAGAGGAGAAGGCCACGGUACAGAAAACGUCUAAGAAGCAGCAGCAGUUCAUUAUCUAGUAGCAGAGCUCCUAGUCCAAAAGGGAAACAGAAACAAAUGAAGUUGCAGCCUAAAAAUGACCAGAAUACCUCAGUGUCUUAUGCCAGGACCAGCUCUCCUUUUUCAUCUCCUGUUUCAGAUACUGCUGAAGGGCUUUCACUGUAUUUACUUGAUGAUGAACUGGACGGGCCAUUUUCUUCAUCGAGCUUCAGUGGAUAUAGCCGAAGUGGAAAUAGCCAUGACCCAGGGAAAACCAAAUCAUUUCGAAAUAGAGUUUUGCCGAUUAAACAAGAUCACUCCCUUGAUGGACCCCUUACAAAUGGUGAUGGCAGAGAGCCCCGGACAGGAAUCAAGAGAAAACUACUUAGUGCAUCAGAAGAAGAUGAGAGCAUGGGAAAAGAAGAGAAAGAGAAAAAAGAAACAAAAGAGAAAUCACAUUUAUCCUCCUCAGAGAGUGGAGAGUUAGGAUCCAGUUUAAGUUCUGAAAGUACCUGUGGUUCUGAUUCUGACUCUGAAUCAACUUCCAGAACAGAUCAAGAUUAUGUAGAUGGAGACCAUGACUAUAGCAAAUUCAUACAAACUAGGCCUAAAAGAAAACUCAGAAAGCAAUAUGCCAAUGGAAAAAGAAACUGGAAGACGAGAGGCACGGGAGGAAGAGGCAGAUGGGGCAGAUGGGGUAGAUGGAGUAGAGGAGGCAGAGGAAGAGGAGGCAGGGGACGAGGCAGUCGAGGAAGAGGUGGAGGUGGCAUGAGAGGCAGAGGGAGAGGGAGAGGAGGAAGAGGUGCUUCUAGAGGAGCCACCAGAGCCAAACGUGCACGUAUUGCAGAUGAUGAAUUUGAUACCAUGUUUUCAGGACGUUUCAGUAGACUGCCUCGAAUUAAAACAAGAAACCAAGGCAGGAGGACUGUUUUAUAUAAUGAUGAUUCUGAUAAUGACAAUUUUGUGUCCACUGAAGAUCCUCUGAAUCUUGGUACAUCCAGAUCAGGCAGAGUGCGUAAAAUGACAGAAAAAGCCAGGGUUAGCCAUCUCAUGGGAUGGAAUUAUUAACAGAUAAUAAAUUUAGAAUAAUUUUAAAUUUAAUGGCCUUCUACUGCAGGGAAUUUACCAGGAAAUCUACAAAGCAAGUUGUGUGGGGACUUCUGCUUCCUUUCACAUUGGUGCUUUUCCAUUAUGCCAGUAUACAUUUGUUUCAAGACUUUUGAUCUCCACACUUCAUUUAUUCAAACAAGCCUUACUCAUUAGGCCUUAAAUUUUAAAAAAUUACACACACACACACACACACACACACACACCCCACAGACACACUACAGAUUUACUACAUUAAGGGAGCAUUCAGCUUCUUAAGAGUAGCAUGACAUUUUUAUCUCAAUGGAAUAUCCCUCUUUUGCUUUUGUAUCACAGAAGUAUAGCACCUUCUUACAGAGUUUUAUAUAGUUUGUUUUUGCCAUUUUGAUUCCUGUACCAGUAAUAAUAACUUUUGCACAAUACACCAAUCCUAAAGGCAGCUAUUAAAUGUUUACAGUUUCUAUAUUGUAAGAACGAUCUGGAUUAUUUUACUCUUCCCAGGCCAAACUUUCCUGAAUUGUAUUGAACUGAAGUAUAUAUUUAUACUACAGUUUUUUUGGGGUGGGGUGGGGUGAGGGGUUCUUAAUAUGCUUUUCAUUGAUUUGCUUAAUUCAUGUUAAAGGUGAGAAAGGGUUGGUGCCUUGUAAAUAUGUAGCAAAUCCUUGUGGUGUAUCCUGAUGUGUGCAUUAACUUUAUUAAAAAAAGAAUACUUGAGGUAUCAAUCUAGACAAGGUGCCAAAUGCAAAAGUUUCUUGCAUCCAUUUUCUUUUUCCUGUUAUAUUUUAUUGCAUUAAUAGAACUUGUGUAGCUUAAAUAAUAACUUAAACAUUUGAAAAAUCCUCAUUCACAAAGAAUAACUGAAUAGUAGCUCAGCUACCUCUAUUAACUACAACUACUGGAAACAUUAAGAAAAAUAGAUGCUGUUAUUCAUUACUGACUAAGGAGAAAUAGAACAAGCUUGGUAGGAAUGAAUGCUCAUAAUUUAUAAGCUGAGAGGUUGUUAAUAAUUGUAUUGGCUCUCAAAUUAAUAGUUGUAAUUAACAAACUUUAUUAAGUAUAGUAUGCUUUACCUUAUUAGGCUUUUCUUAGAACAUAUUUGUAUAAGUAGACUUGAUCUACAGCUUAUGUAUCUCUGCUACCACUUGCUAUUUAACAGCUAUGAGUGACUGGUUUUGAAUUUUAAAAUGUAACACAGCAUCUAGUUUGAGUUGGAAUAUUUUGGCUAGCUAAUAUUUUGAAUCAACUUUAAUAGGGUUCUGCUCAUACCAUUCCAAAGGGUUCUUCUGUUAUAAUCUUUCAGAAUAGAACCUGGUUGCACUACACACUGAUAUUUUGACUCAUUAUUUUAUAGAUGAAAAAAAAAAUCUUUAAAUCCUUUGGUCUUGUUUACAGCAGUAGUGUGCACAUGGUUCCAUAAGUGAGCUUGAGUUCCAAGAUCAAUUUUACUCAAAUUUGCUAAUUCGCUAAUUCAUUAGAUACUUAGAUUUUUGAGGUGAAAAGGAUAAUACUGAUCUCUGUUUUUGUAACAACUUAUUUGUUGCACAUAGAUCAGACUUGUGGAAUAAAAGAAGCUUUUUAAUGUAUGCUUAGUAAUACCAGGAUAUUUCCUAAGCUAAUGUAUUUGUCUCAUGCUUUCAAUCAUUUCGUGCAUCUGAAAAUCCUUAAGUGCAGAGGAAGGAGUACACACAUAACUUUGCUUUUUUGGUUGGGUUGGGUGGGAGUUAUUCUUGGACUAACAUCUUUAAGCAAUUUUCACUUGCAGUAGAAAUGAUGUUCAGGCUUUAAGAAAGUAUUGUGAAUUAUUAAUGGAACUAACUUCUGUUACUGGACAGUAGAUCAAGCUGAUUUUUUUGUUGUUGUAGUCUGUUUUUCACUAAACCAAAAUUACUUCUGGUUGUAACUCAGCUGCCACUUUUAACCGUAAUAUAGAUUCAAAAACAUUCAUGUUUAAAACUCUACAUUGAUUUUUGCUAAAAUGUACUAUUUUAGUUAUAUCUUAGACAUUUAGACUAAAUUUGCACCUGUGUUUUCCUGGAAUUGAUAACACUUUGGCCUACCCUAUUCAAAGUAACAUAGUUACUUAAAUUCAUGGAUAUACCCAAAUGUGUAUCAUGUGUAUCGUUUUAGUGUGAAAAAAAUUUUUUGGACAUUCUUCUAUGAAGAGCUGACCUCUUGACAUGUAGAAGAGUUGCCAUUUGUGUGAUUUAGCUAUCUCAAGCUUUAUUUAUAAUUUAUUUUGAAAAAUAAAAAUGGCACAUUUAUUUCCCAAAUGUCAAGAUUUUCUAGGUUUAGAUAAUUAGAAUAAUAAGGCUGAAGACAUUUUUAAGCAUAUUUUAUAUGUAGUGAGAUACUGUGAAAAUACUAGUGAACAGCAUUUUGCUGUAAUAUUGAUUUCAGUUAUUAGGAUUUAAAGAGUUAGUCACCAGGGUAUGUUAGAUGAGCAUAGUUAUCAUUUAUUACAAAACAAACAGAUUGUUUUCUGUUUGCAUGCAAAUUAUUUUAAUGUGUGAAAAUAAAAGUUUGGAAGACAGUAUUUUUACUUUUAUAUUUGGACUCCUACCCCCCUCAUUUAUACUUAGCCUUUUUUUUUGUUUUAAUAACACCACCUCCUGUGAAUGUGUUGUAAUUUUUAUUGCAUUGAUAUCACUUUAAUUUUUUAGAGGUCCUUAAAACCUAAAUAAGAUCUGUGUUUCGCCAUAGCAAAGCAAGUAGGAAAUGAGGUGAGAAUUUUGAAGAAAAGUCUAAAUCUUAAAUGAAUUGCUAAGGAAAAAAACACUUACAUUUAGGUCCAUGAGAGCAUAAACAUGUACAAGCCAAUUCCUAUGCUAGAUAUUAAUUAACAGUCAGUGAAUUGUAAUAAUUAUGUAUGCUAAUAAUAUUUUAAUUCCCAGCUUUAAGAUCCUAGCAUGUGUGUUUCUUCUUUGGCUUGCUGUAUGUCUCUCUUCCAGCAACAGGAUGCUCUCCAAAACAUUCACUAGCCUAUUAGUGUAAUGACUAAAUGUGUGUGUGUGUGUGCGCGCACACACAUGCACACGUGUGCAGGUCUGUAUGUAGGUUUUUUUCUCCAACUUGACGUGCUUUAUCUCAAACAUUAAAAAAACGUUUGUAUGGAAGACAGCUGUAAUCACUGUCUACCAAUUCAUUGCUUCUCUUGUAAAGCGCUUAGCCAGUAUAUGUAUAGCUGGAUCAUCCAUAUCAUUAUGCCUUCUAGGUAAACAAUCUAGGUUUUGUCGUGUACAUGUGUCCUAUUUUUUAAGUUUAAUUUGCCCUUCUUUCAUGUGUUUCUUUGUCUGUUUCCCAUCCCAGAGAUCAGGCUUGUGCUAUAAUUCUUCCAUACAGCACUUUGUUUCACCCAGAGGCUAAGAAACUGAGUAAAAGUAAUACAUCUUAUUCUGCACGAUUGUGUGCUAAAAAUAUCUAACUCAGCCUUCCAAUACUUUGAAGUAAAUUUGAGUGAUUUAUCUUUGUUGUUGUUUUUGUUGUAAUCCUAGGUUGUCAUUAGACAAAAACAGAAUGAUUAAAAGAGAAAGAUGUGAAUGCCACUUCUAGCUUUUUGAUUAAAAACUUCUUUGAGAAUUUCUCAAAAUUUGUAUGUUGUAGUGAUAAAAUUAAACACCUUACUACUUGCUUAUAUAUCUCGGGAAUUAUUUUAUGCACAUUUGCCAACUGGUACUUAUCUUUAAAGUUGGAAUUUUCUUUUUUUUUUUAAGUUGGAAUUUUCACAUCCUCAAAAAAGGAUACUUACAUCCUGUAUAAUUUUCAGUAUACUUUGAUGUCCAAUCUUUUAAACAGUUACCAACAUUUUGAGUUCUGAAAUAAAUAGCUUACUUCUAGGGGAAGGAAUGGAACCUUUGACAUUUAAAGUUCAUUGUUUUAAAUGUUAACUCCAUCCGGAACAUUUUUGUGUUACAUGAGGCUUUAUGAAAGUUUUAUUGAAAACAGAAUAUUCUAAGAUGGUUUUUAAGGCUUGUUUUAAAAACUAGUGUGAAAAUAUUUUCAUGCUUUUUUGCUUUUCACCUCUCAGUAAAGUUUCUUUACCAAGUUUAAUUUACCAAAUUUAAGUUUUGAUUAAUUUCUAAUUAUGAAGUUAAAUUAUUUUCAUGGUGCUAUAUUUUGUGUAAUAUGGAUUGCCCUCAAAUUUCUUGACAUUUAUUUCUUAUAUAGUCUUAUCCUUGAUUAUUUCCUUUUCCAUCAUUUCUCUCCUUCUUGCUUUAUUCUCAUUUCUCUCUGCAAUGAAGAGUGCACCUAAUUUAGCAAACUUCAACAAGACUGGCAAUUUAUGAUUCAUUAAUGGGAGAAGUACAGUAGAAAGGCCUUGCAGUUUAGAGUUAAGGUAUGUUUGUUUAUUUAUAUGUAUGCCCAUUUGUUAUUCUUAUACCUAUCUUAAUUAAAUUUAGAGUAUGACUUUGACAUAAAAGCAUUGUAAAUAUUUUCUAAAAAAUAAAACUAUUGAUACAUAUUAAAAUCUCCAUUGGUAAUUGACUUUUAAAAUCACAUGCAAAAAUAUUUAGAAACCCAGUUGGGAAAUGUGUUUUUACAUAUGUCACCAGAUACAUAUUAGGCAGUACUACAAAUGUUAAUUCUUUAAAAAAUACUGUGGUGAUGGCAAUCAGUAAUUUAUUUCUUUGUCCUGUAACUUAUCAUCCUUGUCUUUUGUAAUCCCUUACGAAGAAUUAACAAAACUGUACCUUAUGUUUGUUCUUAGUAUCCAUAAAUUUUAAGGUGGAAAAUCAUUCAGUUAAUAGUUGAUGUGAUGUUGUAUAUGGACAAAAUGUCCAUUAAACUAAAAUUCAGUAAAGAAAGGUAAACUAAACUGGCUUGGUUUAUAAAAGGUGUUUUGUUUGGCAGUUAUUAGUCUUUAUAAGGAAUUAUCUUCAAAGAAAAAAAAACUUGACUAAUUUGUUGCCAUUCUUUAUGGGAUGUUUACAAUAAAAUUCCAAGUUGUUUGGAAUCAGUUGCACUCUUGCUGCUUUGUGCCUCAGCUCAGGUACUAGAGAUUAACAAAAAGAAAUAUGGAGUUACCUUUCCAUUACCAGCUUCAGCGACUGUAACGUGUAACUCUUAGGCCUUUCCUUUCUUGUUUUUUUGUCAUAUAAUAUUUUAUUAUUGUUACUAU